CCGUCCGCGCGGGCAGGGGCGGCGCGGGAGCGCGGGAGCGCGGAGGCCGGAGCCCGGAGGGAGCGCGGGGAGCCGCGAGGGCGGCGGCCGGGGAGGCGCGAGGGCGGGCGCGGCCAGGCAGCGGUGCGGCGCCGGGGCUCCCGAGGAUGGAGGACUCCCAGGAGACGUCGCCGUCCUCCAACAACUCCUCGCAAGAGCUCAGCUCUGCCCUGCAGCUGUCCAAAGGCAUGUCCAUCUUCCUCGACAUACUGAGGAGAGCAGACAAAAAUGAUGAUGGAAAAUUGUCCUUUGAAGAAUUCAAAGCGUAUUUUGCAGACGGUGUUCUGAGUGGAGAAGAAUUACGUGAGCUCUUCCAUACCAUCGAUACACAUAAUACCAACAAUCUUGACACAGAAGAGCUAUGUGAAUAUUUUUCUCAGCACUUGGGCGAGUAUGAGAAUGUGCUAGCGGCACUUGAAGACCUAAAUCUUUCCAUCCUGAAGGCAAUGGGCAAGACAAAAAAAGACUACCAAGAGGCCUCCAAUUUGGAGCAAUUUGUAACUCGAUUUUUAUUGAAGGAGACCUUGAAUCAGCUACAGUCUCUCCAGAAUUCUCUGGAAUGUGCUAUGGAAACUACUGAGGAGCAAACUCGUCAAGAAAGGCAAGGGCCAACCAAGCCGGAAGUCCUGUCGAUCCAGUGGCCUGGAAAACGGUCAAGUCGCCGCGUCCAGAGACACAACAGCUUCUCCCCCAACAGCCCUCAGUUCACUGUAAGCGCUCCAGGGUUGUUAGAAGAAGAUAAUCAGUGGAUGACCCAGAUAAACAGACUCCAGAAACUAAUUGAUAGACUGGAAAAGAAGGAUCUCAAACUUGAACCUCUGGAAGAAGAAGUUAUUGAAGGGAAUACUAAAUCUCACAUCAUGCUUGUGCAGCGUCAGAUGUCUGUGGUAGAAGAGGACUUGGAGGAAUUCCAGCUUGCUCUGAAACACUACGUGGAGAGUGCUUCCUCCCAAAGUGGGUGCUUGCGUAUUUCUAUACAGAAGCUUUCAAAUGAAUCUCGCUAUAUGAUUUAUGAGUUCUGGGAGAAUAGUAGUGUGUGGAAUAGCCACCUUCAGACGAAUUAUAGCAAGACAUUUCAAAGAAGUAACGUGGAUUUCUUGGAAACUCCAGAACUCACAUCCACUAUGCUAGUUCCUGCUUCAUGGUGGAUCCUGAACAACAACUAGAUGUUCCUAGACAUUUUCUUUAGGGUUCCAAGUGCAAAACAAGCGUUAUCUAAAAUGUGAAUUAGAAAAUUCUCCAUAGUUAUUCAUCUACUCAAUACUUUUAAUAUAUUUACUCUAAGAUGUGCACUCUUCUAAUAUGUCUUCUGUAACUUUACCUUUCAAGUGAAUUUUAGCUCAAUUUUCAAAGUUCACUAUUAUUCUCAAUGUUUGCUGCUGUUUUGCUACAUUGUAACCUAAAACCCUUUAGUCACAAAAUCCUAGUAUGUGAAAAAAGUAUGCACAUAAAGGAACAAAAUUGUGAAAAAAAAUUAUGAUAAAGAAAAAUUUAAAGUGUCCUUUAUAGGACAGCUUUUGUAGAUGUGUCAUAAACUAUAAAGGUUAAAUCAAUGUUUUGUGAUUUUUAAGUAACUGAUUUUCUGUGAGAGUUUAUUCUUCAAUAAUGCCUACUCCAUUCCCAAUUUGUGACCCUAUGCCUAUUCACUUCAGAAGUUAAUACAUGAUCCCAUAUGACUGGUGUCCUUAUAUGCAGAAAGAGAAACAGCAGGGAUACACGUACACAAAGAAAAAGCCACAUGAGGACACAGUAAGAAGGUGGCCAAGAGCAAGUCAAGAAGAGAGGCCUCAGGAGAAACCAAGCCUGACAGCACCUUGACCUUGGACAUCUAGUCUCUAGAACUACGAGAAAAUAAAUUUCUGUUAAGCUAAAAACAAAAGUUAAUACAUGAGCAUAAAACAACCUUGGCUAUAACCUAUAGAAUCUCUAUCCAUCUGUCAGGUUAUAAACUAGUUUUUCACAGUGAACAAUUCUGUGAACAUACCAUUUCGUGAUGUAAUGCCAUUAUAUCAUUAGUAUCAUAAUUCCCUAAAUGUAAGUGAAAAAAAAAUCAAGAAGAGAGGAGAGUUUUACUUUGAGAAAAUCUGGUUCAAAUUUUAUGGCAUAUGAUCCAGAGAGUAUGUGUGUGAUCCAGAGGGCUACCUUUUCUUAUGAAAAAGACACUUGCAUUUAAAUAACAAUUUCAAAAUACUUCGAAAACAAAAUUUUAACCUAAGUGAACAAAGAAUAUAUAACAAGCAUAAAACUUUAGGGAAGUAAUAAAAUAGUAGGGAAGGUACUGAACAGAAGACACUUAUUUUCCAGUUUCAACACUAGAAUGACUACAACCCCAGUUUCACUAGAAGAACUAAGUACAUUAUAUACUCUGGUGUACAAGCUCAUAAAUUAACUAUUUUUAAUAAAAUCUAUUCUGAUUAUAAACACUGUUAAUGAAAAUACAAUGCAUAUACAAAUUUGUUACCAUAUUAUUCUCUAGUCCAAAUUCCUUUGAAACCACAGGUCUUCCAGGAAAAAUGUUUCCUGUUUCUUUUAGUGUUGGAAAACUCAGAAAAAAGGAAAUGUUGAACUAAAAUAUUAUUUUUUAAAUAUAAAAUCUGACCUAAAAUAUUUUCUCACUUUUGUAUAACCUCAAGCCCUAUUCAAUCUAAAUAAAAUUAUUUUUUUCAUAGCUUCUACUAGACAUAGUAAAUUUUGACAUAUAAUAUACACACACACACACACACACACACACACACACACACGGGUGUGUGUGUAUGUCUCUGGUCAUUUCUAAAGAUGACAAACACUAAGAAGCAACACCUGGCUCAACUCUUUUAAUUUGUAUACAAAGCAAAGAAAAACAUUAAUGGAGAUAUACAAUGAUUAUUCAAACAAGCUAUGUACAAAGGCAAAUAGAUAAUAAAAGUCUUUGUAGUCUCAUUCUGAUUAUAUACAGAAAGAAAG